UCUUCCUCAAUUCUCCUUUUCUCUCUCUACUUGUUGAAUUGCCCGUGCGCGUGCGCGUGUGGUGUUUGUUGGGCGCCGCGUAGUAUCCAAGGAAGGGGAGGAGGCGGAUGGCGAAGGGCGGGCUGAGCAAGCUGAGGUGCAUGAUCAGGAGGUGGCACUCAUCCAGUCGCAUCUCCCGCGAGCCGUCGCCCGGCGAGGACGACGGCCGCGCCGUCUCCGGCGGCGGGCGCGCGGCGUCGUUCCACGGCGCGGACGAGGUGCCCAGGGGCCGGCACCCGGUGUACGUCGGCAAGUCGCGCCGCCGGUACCUCGUCGCCGAGGAGCUCAUGGGCCACCCGCUGUUCCAGACCCUCGUCGACCGCACCGGCGGCGCACCCGGGGGCUCCGCCGGCACCGUCGUCGGCUGCGAGGUCGUUCUGUUCGAGCACAUGCUCUGGAUGCUGGAGAACGCCGACCCACAGCCAGAGUCCCUCGACGAGCUCGUCGAGUACUACGCGUGCUGAGAGCCCCCGCGCGGCCGUGACGGCGGCCAGGCCCGCCGGAGCUCGAAGCUUCUCGAAGCUGCGGCGGUAAAUCAUUCUGCGAUCCGUAUUAACCUCGGCGUCGGUGCUGCUAAUUGAAGAGCGAUUACCAUUUGUUACCCAAAACGCUGCUAUGUCGGCGCCGUUGACUGGAUCCUCUCUAAUCGGUUCAUGUGAUAGACAUUUGCAUUUCUCUUUCUUCUCUCAAUAAGAUCUCUCUCGAGUCUGGACGAGGUUAUCCAUGUACAUCUCAAUGUAAAAAUCUCCCAUUUCGAUUUCAAUUCUUCGAAUCAAUAUGCUCUGUUCUUCUGCAGAGUGCUACUAGCACUGUUGUUUGUCCCUCCAAAAAAGAAAUCUCGAUUACGGAGGCUCAUGCCCGCUGGAGAAAGAUUUUAGUGCAUUCCGACAGCCAUUUCAAGCUAGCCAUUGUAAUUUGUAACCAUGCAUUUUUUUCCUCCUAAGUGAAUGUUUUUUCUCCUGGGGCUUGUUUGGAUCGAUGGGACUAUGAGCUUUUCUCAGGCUCUGUUUGGGACACAAAA